UCGGGCCCAGUCAGCGGCCAUAUUGUAGCGAAGGAGACGGUGCACGAAGGUGUCGAUGGAGUGAGGAGAAUUACUAGCUUAAACAAGAAACGAUUGAUAUUAGGGACUUUUAGGCGUCGUCGAGAACUUUGCAAAAUAUAACAAUGGAUGACAAAACACAGAUGAAAGAGUUAAACCAGUGGAUAGACCAGUUGAUGGAGUGUAAACAGUUGGCGGAGAAUCAAGUCAAAACUCUCUGUGAAAAGGCCAAGGAAGUAUUAGCAAAGGAGAGCAAUGUACAAGAGGUCAAAUCUCCAGUAACAGUAUGUGGAGAUGUCCACGGACAGUUCCAUGACUUAAUGGAACUGUUUAAGAUUGGAGGGCGCUCUCCUGACACCAACUAUCUUUUUAUGGGAGAUUAUGUUGAUAGAGGGUACUAUUCCGUAGAGACAGUCACCUUGCUAGUAUGUCUUAAGGUUCGAUAUCGGGAAAGGAUAACCAUUCUUCGUGGCAACCACGAGUCACGUCAGAUCACCCAAGUUUAUGGUUUCUACGAUGAAUGCUUGCGCAAAUAUGGAAAUGCUAAUGUAUGGAAGUACUUUACGGAUUUGUUUGACUACCUACCCUUGACAGCAUUAGUCGACAGUCAAAUAUUCUGCCUACAUGGUGGCCUAUCACCAUCCAUAGACACACUUGAUCACAUUAGAGCACUUGACCGGCUGCAGGAAGUUCCACACGAGGGUCCCAUGUGUGAUCUCCUCUGGUCUGAUCCCGAUGACCGUGGUGGCUGGGGCAUUUCCCCACGAGGAGCUGGGUACACCUUUGGCCAGGAUAUAUCCGAGACCUUCAACCACUCAAAUGGUCUUACGUUGGUGUCACGAGCCCAUCAGUUGGUUAUGGAGGGCUAUAACUGGUGCCAUGAUCGCAAUGUUGUAACAAUCUUUUCUGCGCCAAACUAUUGCUAUCGGUGUGGCAACCAAGCAGCCAUUAUGGAGCUUGAUGACUCACUGAAGUAUUCAUUCCUCCAGUUCGACCCUGCACCAAGGAGAGGAGAGCCCCAUGUUACACGACGUACGCCAGACUAUUUCCUGUAGAAAUGCAUGCUAUCACUUAUACUACUAUCAAGAACACAGCUACUGUUGCCAAAGUGCUCAGUCCGUGUUGA